CAUUUUCAAAAAUCGAAACUUUUAGCUCUCUCCGCCGUCGCUCACUUCCCCGCUCACUCUCCUCCCGGCUCCCGCCGUAGCAAUCGAAAAAUGGCCGAUAUCGAACCUCCGUCCUUCUCUCUCGGCUUCGACCUCGAUUUCGACGCCGAGCCUGAACCGGAAAUCCCUCCAUCGUCGCCUCCCCGGCCGACGAGCAGCUGCCGACUACCGCCCGAAGAACACGAUGAAGACAGGGCUUUCGAAGCUUCCGUCGCCAUGGAUUCCGAGGACGAGCAACAAAAUGGGGAGGACAAGCUGACGACGCCUCCGUUUUCGCGUCACACGAUCCUCAAGCGCCUGAGGCGAGGACCUGCAAUUAAGGAGCCGAGAACGGAAAAGAGUUCCAUUCCCUGUGUGAAUGCCGACGAUGAUAUUGAAGAUUUCUCUUCCGACGACGACGACGAUUUUGUCGCAGGUAAAUUUCCAAGCUUUUAUCCUUGUUACUACGAUUCACUUGUUGAAAUUAGAACCCUAGGUUGAAUUGGGAAUCAGACCAUUAGCAUCUCGAUUGGGGGGGAGAGAGAUUAGGGUUUUCUUCAAAAUUGUAUCAUUUCCUUCGAAUUGCAGAUUUGCUUCCGUCAAGACAGCACAGCUCUGUAUGCAGCAGUGGUUCAAAAGUUACGCUUCGUGGAUCCGGAGUGUUAACCGGUCAAUCAUCAAGGCAGUCGUCAGUGGCAAAGGGAAAGGGGCUGGCUUUCAAGACACCAGCUUCAUCAAGCUUAGAGACGGGUCAGAGUGGGUUGGUGUUCCCCAAGUUGACUACCAGUCCUCUCAGAAGAUUUCAGCUGAUUGAUUCUGACGACGAGCCUACUCCGAUUGGCAAUAACGUGAACAGAAAGCCUGAACGUGUCGGGUCACAAUCCGCUGAGCAUAGUGGAAAAUCAUCAGGGAAACGUAAGAUUGAGGAUCUGUGGAAGGACUUCAGUCCGAUGCAGAAUGUUCGAAUUGCAACACCUGCUUUAGAUGAGUUCUGCAACGAGUACUUCCAGUCUGUUAAAGAUAAGGAUGCUGCCGCGAAUAGACGUGAAACUCAACGAGCAGGUCAUGAUCCGAAUCGAAAUGCCAUGGGGGAGUUUGAGCAAUGCUGGAACGUAGAUGACCCUCUUCCUCCAGCCCAUCACUAUUUCUUCAACGAUGAUGCCAGGAUUCGGAGCAUAGUACGCGACCGGUUGCCCCAUUUCUUCCCCCUUGGCGUGGUUAAAGCCCGAGGGAAUCUGCUUCCAAGUGAAUCAGUUAUCGACUACAUGAGUCAAUUUGGGGGAACCCCUCAAGACAAGGGAACUGGCGGAAGCAACAUGGACAAGGGAUCAACAUGCAAAGGAAGAAAGAGAGCAAGGAAAUCCGAUGCUAAAGGAGCUGCUUCUCAAGGUUGGGUGGACCCUAGAACCAGUGCUGGUCUCCCAAAGGAUGCCGGUAAACGACGAGUUCAGGCAAGUGGUCAAGCUGCUGCUGGUCAUUGGUUUACAUCUCCAGAAGGAAGAAAGGUUUAUGUCUCCAGAAACGGUCAGGAGCUUACUGGGCAAGCUGCAUACAGACAUUUCAAAAGGUGGAGGAUACAGAAAGACUAGAAAGAAAGCCACCAGCAAGAGAAAGAAAGCUUGAAGCUUGGGGAACUAUGUAGCAUCCAAUUCGAUUCUCUUUCCAUUCCCAUACUCAUAAUUUCCUGUCUCCAGAAAGUCGGAAACUUUUCAGUG